AUGUGAGGCACGCUGACGACGUCAGAAAGUGAAACAAGGAAAGUUUCUACACGGCUGCUAGCCGCAGCUGAAGAUGGUGCUACUGUCAGGUACAAGAGGUCCGGCCGCUCCGCUCCGGGACGCGCUCUUCAGACCCAGGGGUUUUUCCCGGCAGCCAGACCUGUUCCGAGCCGGGAUUUCAGGUCCGACAGGGUGUUUUUAGGAGAAGGGCUCCGCGGAGUGGCAGCUUGUGACCUUGUGUGCGAGCGACACGCUUUCUGCAAACGCCCACAAAACAUUACAUAUAAUAGUCUCGGGCGCGGGGGGGGCGUCUGCUUUUGAAAACCAGAUUUUCAGCUGUUGGAACCGAAGACACUCCUGCUUUGUCCAAUGAGCUUGCAAGGGCUUCACAGCGCGUCGCUGGCUCCCUGUUUAUGUUGCGCCACAAACAGUCGCCAUAGGAACAAUAGAACAGCCACACAAUCGGGGGGAGGAGGACAGCCUCCUGGCAAAGCGGAGUGGAAUAGCUCUGCUUGCUAAGGAGGCGAUACCGAGAUAUAUAUAUAUAUUAUUUCUGGGGGAGGAGGGAGGUAGACUAUGGAGUGUAUGGGAUCAGUCUGCAUUAAAUAAGACGUUUAAGACUUUUUCUUCUGCAUUUGACUACUCAAACAGCAGCGCGGAAAAGCGGCCAGGGCUCUCCGGGGCUCCCCGGCCGAGGGCGGCGGCUCUCCAUUCCGGGCGAGACGCUGCUGUUGUGCCCCUUUGCUUCAGCAAACUGCUCCCCGCUGGAUAAACGGGCGCUUCUCAAGCCGCCAUUGCGAAGGGGACUUGCGCCUUGGUUCUCUUGCAUUCUGAAGACAGAAAAACAACGCUGGCGUUAACCAGGCCUUUCUGCGCGUGUGGAGCCACCCUUCAUCGCCCCCAAACAGGGGCCGCGAGCCAGCUGCCCUGCCCCGCCCCGACACGGGACUCUGCCCGCAGAAUUGCCCCCCCGGCCGGCGCACCACUUCGCCAUCUACCGUUCAAAACGGAUAAUUGCAUGGUUGGCAAGUGGGGGGAAAACCGGGGGGGGGGGGAUUCAUAUUUCAAAUAAGCGCUCGGCUUUCCGUUAACAUCACUCAUAGGUACGGAAAGCAGAAUAAAAAAAGAGAAAAAUCAAUGUGACACCUUUACCGGUUGUACGUGCCGAUGACGCGUGUCCGGCUGAAAUGUUCUGUGUGCUCGGCGGUGGCGUUCUGGCUCCCCGGAACCCUGUCCUGGACAGCAUUCACCUUGACUUUCCGUGUCUUUACGAACUCAUAAUGCAGCGCGGAUGUAAUAGGUUCGUGGAUUUAUUUUUCCCCCUCACUGCACCUUGAACUAAUCGCUGGCUCUGCACAAGAACGACCGAGCCGUGCCCGGCUUCUGCUUUCCAGCAACCACCUGGAAGCGAAACAGGAGUAACCUUCUGCGUGAAGCUUCCGCCCAGACCCUUUCCGCGGAGCCAGGGGAAACGGACCCGGCCAGCGGCUGUCAUUUGCAGGCAGACACGUUUGAGAAGAAUCAGAGGGGAGAUGCGCCCGUGCGUUUACUAGACAAUCUCAAUAGCGAGGGAAAUAAGUCCUCCCUUUGGUCCCAAUCUCUGCUUGCAGGCGUGUUUUUCAGGAGAUAACAUUAAAUAGGAUAUACUAAUGGCACGAAUAGAUGGUGGGUGCUUGUGGGGAGGGGAGGGAGAGGGGACUGGCUGGUAACGCGCACCAAGGCGCUCAGGUCUGGGUCAAGUGGCCGCAGUAACUACUGUACCUGUCAUUAACACCUGUGAGUCGGCGCUGGUGGCAAAGACGUUGGAAAACAAGGGCAGAUGGCGAGCAGAUCGUUCCUAGCGCCCAGCUGGAACAGAAGCGAGCCCUUCCCGGAGUCCCCUCCUCUCCAGAUCCAGCCAUGGCCCUGAGCGGACUCCUCGCUGCCGGCGCCGUCGCCGCGGCCCUGACGGCCUGCCAAGCCACUGGCUCCUUCGACCACAAGGCGUUCUUCGCGGCGGUGGGUCUGUCCAAGAAGUCGCCGGCGGACGUCGAGAAAGUGUUCAAGGUCCUGGACCAGAACAACAGCGGCUUCAUCGAGGAAGACGAGCUGCAGUUGUUUCUGCAGAGCUUCUCCAAAGGAGCGCGGGUCCUGACGGCUGCCGAGACCAGGGCGUUCCUGUUGGCCGGAGACUCCGACGGGGACGGGAAAAUCGGAGUAGAAGAGUUCUCAGCCCUCGUUAAGUCCUAACUCAAGAGCUACUACAGCGAUGUCCGCUGUUCUGCACCUGACAGUAUUCGGAGACACGUAACCUGAUACUCGAUCGGACAAGAUACUUUUCUCUCUGCAUCCGCGUUUGCAAUCAUAGCAUGUCAAGACCCGCUUCUGUUACUCUUUUCAUUAGAAACACCUAGCUGAUGCAUUGUUAAUGUAGACCACAAAUUACUGAGUUAAUAAAUUCAGUGUUAAUAAAAUACAUUUGAACCAAA